UGCCUAGGAAGUUGAGGAACGAGAAGGUGACAGUAAAUGAGGGGGACAGAGAGCUGACUAUUAGGGGUCCUGGGACGGCGGCGAAAGUUGUAGAAGGAAACUUCUGCAACAGGCUGCCAAGAAGAGCGCCCAAGAGGAGCCGACCAGCAGACGAGACCAAAACUUCAGAAGCCAUUUUGAAGAGAGAUUUGAAGGAAAGAUCACAUAUGUACCUCCCCAAUCCUUGAGGACAUCAGAAGAGGCCCUGUCACAGGUGCCCCUUCCAACUGAAAUUGGGCUUUAGGUAUCCCUAGCAAACUUUGACACAUCCCAAACAUCAGCCAUGGCAUCUCGCAUUGGUUUACGGAUGCAGCUUAUGCGAGAGCAAGUACAACAGGAGGAACAACGGGAGCGUCUGCAGCAGCAGCAAGUGAUGCAGUACAUGCAACAACAGCAACAAAUGCCAAUGGCUUCAACCCCAGCCAUCAACACACCAGUUCAUUUCCAAUCACCACCAUCUGUCCCAGGAGAAGUCUUAAAGGUUCAGUCCUUCUUAGAGAAUCCUACCACCUACCAUAUCCAAAGGUCUCGAGACAAGAAGGUCCAAGAAUAUCUGUCUGAAACUUACGGGAACAAGUUUGCACCACUACUUGGUGCUCCUUCUCCCAAGCCUCCUCCUUCAGCCUCCCCUGGGGUGAGACCAGUUCAUGCCAUGCCUUCUUCUGCAGGCAACAGCACUCCAAACAGUCCAAUGGCAAUGCUUAAUAUCAGCUCCAAUCCAGAGAGAGAGAUAGAUGAUGUCAUUGAAGAUAUCAUGCAGCUGACAACUACUGUGGGAUGUCUUAAUCCGGAAAUUCAUAUGCCCAAUACUUUGCCUCUGUCCAGCAGCCAUAUGAAUGUCUAUAACAGUGACCUCCAGAUGACUCCUUCUGUGGUGGGCAUUACCAGCAGCUCCUGCCCUGCUGAUCUCACUCAAAAGAAAGAGCUUACAGAUGCCGAGAGCCGUGCCUUGGCUAAGGAACGCCAGAAGAAGGACAAUCAUAAUCUAAUUGAAAGAAGACGGAGAUUCAACAUUAAUGAUCGUAUUAAGGAAUUAGGGAUGCUGAUUCCAAAAGCAAGUGAUCUAGAUGUGCGUUGGAACAAAGGGACAAUCUUGAAAGCCUCUGUUGACUAUAUCAGAAGGAUGCAGAAAGAUUUGCAGAGAUCACGAGAUCUUGAGAAUCAUUCUCGGCGCCUGGAAAUGGCUAACAAGCAGCUUUGGCUUCGUAUACAGGAACUGGAGAUGCAAGCCCGAGUCCAUGGGUUACCAACCACUUCACCUUCUGGCACGAACAUGGCUGAACUAGCUCAGCACAUGGUGAAGCAAGAAACUUCUGGAGAGGAGGGGACAGCAGAGGUCUUACAGCAGCCACAACUCCAAGCUGAACAGGAAGCUCAGCACCUGCCUCACUUUGCUCCUCCUCCUCCUCCUCAGUCUCCUUAUCAUCAGCUGGACUUUACCCAUAGCCUGAGCUUUGAUGACAGUUGUAGAGGUUUCCAUGACCCGCUGGACCCUAGCCAAAAUGUCUCCUUCCCGUCCUUGUCCAAGAAGGAGUUAGACUUGAUGCUAAUGGAGGAUACUAUGCUUCCUGUGGCUUCUGACUCCCUGUUUUCCACUGUGUCCCCAGAGGCUUCAAAGGCUAGCAGUCGGAGAAGCAGCUUCAGCAUGGAAGACACUGAUAUGCUGUGAACAGAAGCCCUCCAGGCAGAUCAGGAAUUCAAUACGGUUUAUUUGUGAAGUGAAAAUUCUUCAUUUGACUUAUCUGUUUAGAAUUCCUCAAAGACUUA